GUGUGUGUGUGUGUGUGUGUGUGUGUGUGUGUGUGUGUGUGUGUGUGUUAAUAUGCGUGCGCGUGAGUGUUAAUGCGUGGCACCAUCUCGCAGUCCCGUUCAUUUCGGCCCGUUUUGGAGAGAUGAGCGGCAGGAUUGGAGAUCUGAGCGCUAAACAGGCCGAGGCUUUAGCUCUGUUUCGGGAGAGGGUCCAAGAUGUCCUGCCUCAGUGUCCUUCUCAGAGUGACCACUUCUUACUGCGCUGGCUUCGAGCCAGAAAUUUCAACAUACAAAAAGCUGAAGCGAUGCUACGUAAGCAUUUGGAGUUCCGGAAACAGUUGAAGGCUGACACCAUCACCACUGACUGGAAGCCUCCUGAGGUACUAGAGAAAUUUUUCUCCGGUGGAAUGUGUGGCUACGACCGAGAGGGAAGCCCCGUGUGGUACGACGUUAUCGGGCCGGUGGAUCCCAAAGGUCUUCUUCUGUCUGCCUCUAAGCAGGACUUCAUAAAGACCAAAGUACGAGAUUGUGAGAUGCUGCAGAAGGAAUGCACUUCACAAAGCGAAAGGUUGGGUAAAAAUGUGGAAUCCAUCACUAUGAUCUAUGACUGUGAAGGUUUAGGCCUGAAGCAUCUAUGGAAGCCUGCUAUAGAGACGUAUGGAGAGGUUUUGACAAUGUUUGAAGACAACUAUCCUGAAGGAUUGAAGAGAUUAUUAGUAAUAAAAGCACCAAAACUGUUUCCUGUUGCGUAUAAUCUGGUAAAGCACUUUCUGAGUGAAGACACUCGCCGCAAGAUCUUGGUUCUGGGGUCAAAUUGGCAGGAGGUGUUAAAGAAAUACAUAGACCCAGAGGAGCUCCCAGCCAUCUAUGGGGGAAAACUGACCGAUCCUGAUGGUGACCCACGCUGCAGGACCAGGAUUAAUCAGGGUGGCCUGGUACCUGAGACGUACUACGCGCGGGAUUUUAUUCAAGUGCAGUACGACCAGUGUGUGUCUGUCAGCCGUGGCUCUUCCCAUCAGCUCGAGUAUGAGAUCCUGGCUCCAGGCUGUGUUCUUAGGUGGCAGUUCUCCUGUGAAGGCGGCGAUGUAGGCUUUGGAGUCUUCAUGAAGAAGAAGCUGGGUGAAUGGAUGAAGGCAGGACAGAUGCAGGAAGUCAUGUGUAGUCAGCGCUACAACGCACACCUCGUACCCGAGGACGGAACUAUCACCUGCGCUGAGCCUGGAGUGUACGUUCUACGAUUUGACAACACCUACAGCAUCUUCCAGUCCAAAAAAGUCAGCUUCUCUGUGGAAGUCCUCUUGCCCAGCAGCGACAGCCAAGCACAGUCUGAGACGAGCAGGUCGCCGGGACGGGAUGUGCAGAAAGGUCAAUAGUGUGUGAUUCGCGUCCUGCCUGUUUAGAGACUGCCAGCAGCGCAAACCAGUACUUGAAAUGGUCUUAUACACAGUAUUUUCCAGAAAAAGGCUUUGAAACUGUUCUGUGAAAAUGCUGUUUGUGGGAAGAGAAAAAUGCGACCUUUCUUUAUUUACUUCUUAAGUGGAAUAGCUGCAAAAGUCAAAGUAUUAAAAUUCCUUCAGCAUUUACAGUUGAUCUGCGGAAGAGGUUUGAAGUAGAUGCUUGCUUUGGCACUUUAGAGACAAAUAACUUAAGACUUAAAGGAAUAUAUUGAUAGAAUCACAAGCACUUAGUAUUAUUAUUACAUACAGAUUGUAUGAACAUUAACAUGACUGAUGUUACAGUACUGUGCAAAAGACAGAACAAAUACUACAGACUUUUUCAUGGAUGUUUAUUUUGGAUGUUUAUGGAUUAUUUUAUUUCUCAAUACGAACCCAUUUCUAAAUAUUACUUCUACUGUAUGUCAUUAAAAAUAGCAAGCAAGAUGGAAAAAAUUUAUAAUUUUAUCCUUAAUUAAAAUGUUUCUAUAAAGCUACAAUAUCCAUUGUUAAAGCACUAAGCAAAUAAAAUUGACUUCAGAUUUUUAUUUAAAGCAAGGGGUUAUGUGAACUGUGCUAAUUUUUACUCUAGAAUUUCACUAUAUUUGAAAGCAUUGUGUUGCUUUUGCACAGUACUGUACAGUAAUGUGUGAGAUAUAUACGUCAUUUUCAUCAUUUUAAACGUCUCUAAUGGAAAACACAUAAAUGCUAGUUUGAAAAUUCAUUCAUAUUCAGUAAGUGCUUAUCUAUGGCCAUUUUCUUGGGUACAAUGUACACUCAUACGUGUCACUAGUCUAGGUACUGUCAUGUUUUUGGGAAGUGGAUAGAACUUAGAGAACCUGGAGAAACAAGGUGGUCCUCUGAGGAAACAGAUAAGAACCUGAGAAAAAGGCUGAGUGAAGACCCUGGAGCUGCGAGGCGAUAACACUGUGAUAACAGCGAUGUUCGAAAAUGAUUUAAAAAGAAGCAUUUUAAGUAUUAAUGGUUGCUAGAUGUUUAUCCAGUUUCUUCAGUUAUGAUAAAAAUCAGAGGGAACGAAGGAAUCAGGAUGUUCAAAAGUAGCAUCAAUCACUUUUAUUAACCAGAUUAAAAAUAGAGUUAAAGCUUUAUUCUAGUCGACAUUGACUAGAUUUAUUUUUCUUGAAGUGCCAUUUUGGUCAGAUUAUUCAUCAACUUACAGCUGAAGAUGAUUAGUUCAUUAACGCUGUACAGCUGAACUCACGUACAUUCUUAACUGCUUUAAAGACUCAUAAUUAAUCAUUUAUAAUAAUAAUUCAACAACUAAUUAAAUAACACUUUAUCAAAGCUUUACUGUCAGAUAAUGAGUGCCACCAGCAGGGGCAAAAUCCAGACUUAAAUGCUGGGAUAGCAAAAAACAGAGAGGUUUUAUUAAUAAAAUCACAGAACCAACAGACAGAGGAAAACACUAGGGGAAAACUGAGCAACAAAAAUACAAUGCAAACAACAAGGAAAGCAAAAAGAGAGAGCAUCAUGUAAGAAACAAUACACAACGCAAUACGCAAAACACACACACACACACACUCCCCCACUCACACACAAACACAAUAACACACACAUACACUCACUCUCUCUCACACACACACACACAGAGGUAGAACUGGGCUAAGGAUCGGGGUAAACACAAGUGAAAACACAAAACAUAAACAAAAUAACAUGGCACAAGACGUACACAAGUCUAAGCCUUCAUGACAUUUAUUUUUAUUGUAAGAGCCUAAACAGAUUAUAUAGAUUUGAUCUUGCAUAUGCUAAUUAUAACAGCAAGGCAUUUACACAGUCAGGUUUCAGAGAUUUAUUACAGGGAACAAAAAUAAUGAAAGUGCAUGUGAAUAGUAAAAAAAAUGAACGAAGGUGUUAGAUUAAAAGACUACAUCCCAUUUUUGAAUCUGUUUUAAAUAUUCUCCAAUAGUUUGUAAUUAGCAUGUAUUUAUCUAUUACAUAUGUUCCAGUUUUGCCUUACUGUUUAAAGACAAGGGCAUUUAAUUUUUCUUUAUUUUUAAACCAACUAUUGCACUCGGCUGUUAUUAAACAUCAAGCAAACCUAAUAUUCCUAAUUAAUUUAUUGCAUUGUUCUCUAUAUGCAGCUGUUUUAAUUGGUGACUAAAUUAUUUUUAGUAGUGAUGUUUUGUUUGACCUCAGGAGUUUGGACCUCAUUGUUAUUUAAAUAAUGCAAAUGAUUAUUUUUAAAAGUGUUUUUGCUAAUAAUAGUUGGAAUAUGUGGUUAUGUGUGUGUGUGUGUGUUUAUUCAUAUAAUGCCUUAAUUGUAUUUGAGUAAUUGUCUGAUUAAACAGUUAUGACAGUCA